AUGGAGGCCCAGCUCCCCAGUAAACUCCCCUUCUCCAAAAAGCCUCUUCGAGCUCGGGUGAUUAUAUCCGCUCUCGUUGCUGGCUUCUUUAUUUUGGACAAAGUCGAACCGUUCCACCAGCAUUUCUCCCUGCAAAACUAUACGCUCCAGUACCCCUAUGCCGAACAUGAGCGCAUUCCUAUAUUCAUGGCACUCGUCGUCACUGGCGCUGUCCCCAUCGUCGUGAUCGUAGUGUAUACAGUCGUUGUAGAUGGUCUGUUUUCGCAUCACAAGCCUACCAAUCCUUCUACAGGGAGAAGGAAACUGCUCGGGAGAUAUCGACUGAAAGACCGCCUAUGGGAAUUGAAUUGCGGUGUUCUUGGUCUGCUUUUGGCCCAGGCGACUGCGUUUGUGAUCACCAGUGCUCUCAAGAAUGCCACUGGAAAGCCCCGGCCUGACAUCAUCGAUCGUUGUCGCCCACGCCCUGGAAGCGAGGAUGCGCCGGUCUUUGGGCUGUCAAACUCCACGAUUUGCACACAAACUGAUAACGCUAUUCUAAAGGACGGAUUCAGAUCUUGGCCUUCUGCUGCAUUUGCCGGCCUUUUCUAUCUUUCGCUCUAUCUUGCGGGCAAGCUUCAUGUCUUGGAUAGUCGAGGGGAGGUUUGGAAAGCGUUUGUCGUUUUGAUCCCAACACUUGGCGCCGGAUUGGUGGCAGUGUCACGAAUCAUGGACGCCCGCCACCACCCGUUCGAUGUGAUAUCCGGAUCCAUGCUUGGCGUUUUGUGCGCGUGGAUGGCGUAUAGGCAGUAUUUCCCACCUAUUUCAGAGCCAUGGAGGAAAGGCAGAGCAUAUCCCAUUCGAUCAUGGGGAACGAUCCCUCAACCGCCAUUAUAUAGCGAAAGACGCCGCUUCGAGCUGGAUGACGACGACGAAGCCAAGCCCAUGGCUUCGCGGGAUGAGGAAUACCAGGGCGUUUCGACGGCGAGGCCAUCGACGUUUUCCCCAGAGAGACGAGACACUGACCUUUCACCCCCGGGUGGUAACCCGUUCCAGCCUCCUAGGACAUAUGCGAGACGAAGACAUGACACGGAUCUCAACUAUUCUUCAUCCAGCGGAGAGUCUCAUUCCAACUAUGAAAUGCAGUCAGGGUAUCGAGGGCAGCACCAAGCCAGCGAGUCCCAGGAGCGUUUGGAUUCGGGUCGUCCCCUGGAUAUCGCCUAUCAAAGACCAUCACAGCAAAGACCCUCAUCGCCGAGUCCGACCCGGCAAUAA